AUGACCGACUCUGCUGUCACUCGAGUGCCACCCGAAAUUUGGUGGAUAAUCUUGGACGAAGUAAUCGACCUUCCGGGAUAUCUCAAUACUACAUUUAAUGGGAAUGAUUGGAUCGGCUAUCUGUAUACUAUACAAGAGGUCACAACCCUACUAGAAACGAAGAGGGGGCCUUUUCUGUGGAGCGGAGGCACCGUCACGUCUGCUCAAGUGGGCUACAGAGCGCCGACGAGAGCACCGGCCCAAGUAAGGACGACCUCAGAAAAGCGUACCGAGCUCACCUCAAAGGACGAUGAGGCCUUAAAUCUGGGCCAGUUUCCACGUUCAAGAAUAUCAAAUGGCUCGAGUAUGAUAUACAGUGGCAAAAACCCGAGCCUCGUACCGUCCAGAAGGACAGAACACGCAUCUUAUUGCCUAGACUCAAGUAUUGGGAUUUAUAGGCCAAGACCUGAGCAAAUAGCCUCUGUCCACAUGCGUGGAGUGAUAGGCUCGUACUCCUUUCCUCAAAGGGCCUCCAAGUGUCCCGUGGAUGGACCAUUUUUAUUCCUUUUGGCCUCAAUUCCCAGUCAUAACCACAGAAUUGGAUUUAUUUGGGCUGGGAAUAUGACAUAUCAUCUUUACCUGAUCCCGACCACAUACUUCCUUCAACUGAUGAUCUACUCGAGGAGCUCUGCUGUGUCUCGAACUCCACUCGAAGUUUGGUGGAUGAUCUUAGAUGAGGCUAUAGACGUUCCAAUAUUCUUCUCAACCGUCUACAGUGGCGAUAAUUGGAUCCGUGACUCGAAGGUAUGUGUCUUCAAAGAGGAAGGAAAAGAAUACAGAGAGAAGGAAAAGCAAAGGAAGACGAUUUCAUUAGUCUCGGUCUUUAUGGGGAAGAAACUUUCACCCCACCCUGACCUGAAAGCGGCUCGAAGGGUUUUUAUAAGCCAUGCAAUUGGCGAAAAUGUUUCAGCAUGGGUAGGGGAAAGGGCCGAUUGGCAGGUUAUCCGAUUGGAAGACGCUGACGCAAAAGAAAUGGCCCGAGUGUCCUUGCCAUGCCUUCGACGUCUAGUAUUGUCCCUGCCAACGGAGAAAGUACUCGAUCUAAGCAGCUAUCUGCGUGACUUAGGAUGGUCGGAGCAGCUUACAUGGCUCGAGUUCUCUCCAAACGUUGAUGGCCAUUCUUCACUGAGCGGCUAUACGUUCGUCAAUGGGACCCUAAAAACAUAUCCUCUUGGAUGGACUCAAACAAUCUACGACAACUUAUCAUAUUGGGAGGCCUCAUGA